AUGAUGGAUUUGGAUAAUGAUUUGCACGAGUCACCAGCUUUGCCUGAUUUGUCAGGUUCCCAAAGCAAUGUAGAUGUUAAAUUGACAGAGAAAAAGGGAAAGAGAAAGAGAAAAAGGGGGACGACUAAAAAUAACUCAGUCAAAAGUGAUGCUAAUGAUUGUGGCACUUCAGAGAAUACUUUUUUGUCAAAAAAAUCUACAUCUGCAUUGGACAUGCCUUCUGAACAUUCUAUUCAAUGUGUGUCCACUGAUGCAUUAACGAGCCAAUCUUGUGUAGAAGCGGAUAUUUGUUUGCAUGGGAAUGAAGAAAAAAAGAAGAAAGUUCUCAGUCAGGCUGCAGAAAAGGGAAACGGAGAGAGUGAGAUCCAAGACAAAGCAGACAACUUUAAUUCAGUUGUAGCUGAUGCUGAUGCAAAGUUACUUGCUAAAGAGUCUGUGUUAGAAGUUGUAAAAAUGGACAUCGAGCAAAGUAUAAAUGAGAACAGUUCCAACCCUGAGGAAACAAGUGAUUCUCUGAAGAAUGGAAGUCCGGUAAACAAUCACGAUGAGGAUCUAAAGGUUCAUGAUUUGUCUAAUAAGUCUCAUAGCAUUAAAACCUAUUCAAGGAAAAAAUUAAAUGAUGUCAAUUGUAAGAGAAACUUGGAAUGUCCAAGUGCUGAAAAUUCAAACAAAGAGCCAAUUAUCCAGGACCACAACACUGUUGGUUCACAUGAAGUUUCUGAUGGACAAUUGAGAGAUGGCUUAAUGGAAAGAGAAAAAGAACAUUUAACCGAUCAGAACAAAGUUGAAGUGGAGGAAAUGGAAUUGAUAGCAGACAACAGUUCUGAGAAAAGUUCUAUGACUACAUCUUCUAUUGUAGAUAUUCCUAUUACACAACAUGAAGAAAUAAAUGCUAAACAGGAAGAUCAUGCAGAGGUUACAAGAAAUGAUCUGUGUUGUCUAACUGAUAUUUCUGAUUUAAGCUUAAGCAGUGGUAAUUCAGAAAUAUCACAAUGCUCAGUGGAGAGAACUAUUAUCAGCAACUCAAAAAACAAGCUUCUCAUCCUUGAUGUGAAUGGACUUCUUGCUGAUUGUAUCAGUGAUGUUCCUAAUGGGUAUUAUCAACCAGAACCAGAUUUUUGGGUUAGAAGGAGAAAAGUGUUUAAGAGGCCCUUUUGUGAUGAUUUUAUACAGUUUUGCUUUGAGAGAUUUCAUGUGGGCGUUUGGUCAUCUAGAACCAAGUCUAAUGUUGAUGAUGUAAUCGGACUUCUUUUGGGGAAAUCUGCAUCCAAACUGCUGUUUUGUUGGAAUCAAUCCCACUGUACUACAACAAAAUUCAAUACUGUUGAGAAUAAAGAUAAGCCCCUUGUGUUGAAGGAACUCAGAAAGUUAUGGGAAAAGCUGGAACCUGGUCUUCCAUGGGAGAAAGGAGAGUUCCACGAGUCAAACACAUUACUACUCGAUGACUCCCCUUACAAGGCACUAGUGAAUCCUAAGCAUACAGCUAUAUUCCCUUAUUCUUACCGGUACCAACACUAUAGGGACUCAGCAUUAGGACCUGAAGGUGAUCUUCGGGGUUAUCUAGAAAGGCUGUCUAAGGCAGACAAUGUUCAAGAGUUUGUGUCGGCGAAUCCAUUUGGCCAGCGGCCCAUAAGAGAAGCAAAUAUAUCCUGGGGUUACUAUCUGAAAGUUAUAGAAUCAGUUAAGUGCAGUGAAACUGAUAGGCUCUCAGCCCCAGGUAAGGAGCAAACCUCAGCAACAGAUAAAGAGCAAACCUCAACACCAGUUAAGGAGGAAACCUCAGCACUACAUAAGGAGGAAACGUCAGCACCAGUCAAGGAGGAAACGUCAGCACCAGAUAAGGAGGAAACGUCAGCACCAGUCAAGGAGGAAACCUCAGCACUACAUAAGGAGGAAACGUCAGCACCAGAUAAGGAGGAAACGUCAGCACCAGAUAAAGAGGAAACCUCAGCACCAGUAAAGGAGGAAACCUCAGCACCAGUCAAGGAGGAAACCGCUGCACCAGAUAAGGAGGAAACCUCAGCAACAGUCAAGGAGGAAACCGCUUAA